UUAGUGUAUCCUUUAAAUGGAUAUUGUAUUUGGCUCUUUUCCCGUUCAGAGGGGCUUGUAUCAUCACCAUUACGAAGGCCACACGCGUUGAAGAAGCAGUGGGAGGACUUGGAUAGCUGCUCUACUGUUGCCCAGAGGCAUCGUCGGUUCCUUUUAACAGCUGUGGUCCUUUUGGCAUUCCGUUUCACCAUUUAUAUUUACUUUGCUGUCACAUUAGGUUCGAGGCACUUGUCGUUUUCAGGAAGGAUGGGGAAAGAGAAGGCGAUGUGUCAAACGGAACAUGUUCAAGCCAGUUUCUCUAAGGAGAAACUGAAAUUCUUGUAGACUUUCAGCCAAAGCUGAUAAGCAUUAUUUUAUGUUUGUCCCUCUAAUGCAAUGGCUAACAACAGCCUAAAGACUGGCUUAUCAGAAUGUAAACUUCUGUGUUACAAACGAGAUCCUUUUAUUACACAAUCAUAGGUAUUCAUUACACAAAAGAAAUACAUCACA